AUGCACAUCUUUCUCACAUUCGCGGUUGCUCAGCUGCCCCUACUGGUUCAAGCCUUCUUGCUACAUCCGCACUACCAGUCAAAUUCAAAGGCUCGCCUGAUUCGACUCGCACUUGUUCCCAUUGGUGUGUGGUCGCUCUUUUCCUUUGGGUCGCAAUGGCGGAAAACCCUUCCGGGAUGGAUAAAUCCUUCGGCCAACAAAAACUUUGGCCAAUUUCUCAUAGUAUCAGCCUUGCGUUGUAUGACCUGGGGUACCACUUCCACACCAUACUAUCGACUUUCUCCCUCCGGACCACCUAAAAAGGCACCUGAAAAAUUGAGCAAGCGUCUCUGGUUUGCGUUGGAAUUAUUUUGCAACUUUCGUGGAAUUGGAUGGUCAUUUGGCGUGCCUAUAGAGGCUCAAAUUCAAACCAAUACUGAAUUUCUUCGUGCUACUUAUCGUCGUCUCUUCAUCAACGCUGCAGUGUUCUUGACCUCACUUGAAUUGCUGGCACUCCUGAAAGAUUCACCUUACUAUGGAAUGUUCCCAUUCUCCUAUCUGAAGGGGCUUCUGGCUAUGCCCUUUUUCUGGGUCAUGAUUGAUAGUUUAGGAUGCUUACCUCGAUUUAUGGCCACCAUCUUCCGCCUCGAUAAAAAUGAAUACCCAUUCUUUCUCAAUUCAGCACUCAAGUCGUCAAGCUUGACUGAACUUUGGUCUCGUCGCUGGCAUAGUUGUUUGCGUCACACUUUAAUCGAAGCCGGAGCUCGUCCUGCUUAUCGUCUAAUGCGAUUCGUUGGACAACCCUACCUGAGUGGAAGAACAAAUGAGAUAGCUCAAGCAGUUGGGACUUUAUCAGCUUUUUUGAUGUCAGGCUUGGUGCACGAGUUUGGUCUCUGGUAUUCUACCCAUCUUGAUCGAUCAUUCCGUUCUACCACAUUUUUUCUUGCACAAGGAGUAGGUAUUUUACUAGAAGAGGGUUUCAAUCGAAUGACUGGGAGGCGUGUUGGUGGCUGGCCGGGGUGGACAUUUGUUUUAAUUUGGAUUAUAUUCUGGAUUCGACCAAUGGUUGAUGCUUAUGUUGAGCAUGGCAUGAUAAACCUUGAUCAACUUCCCACUGUCAUUGUAGAUCAUAUUUUAAAACUCACAACUUUUCAUUCUUUACAUCAUUGCUUUAAAUAA